AUGAUCUUCAUGGCUGCGAUACUCACAGCAGGGGCGAUAAUUGCACCUAUCAAUUCUCUGCAUACGCCGUCAAUGGUUGGUCUAAACCAAUCACUCAAUGCAGGCCCCGGCGAAGUGGCCAACCUGACCAACAUCAAUCACUUCAUUGUGGAGAACUGCGGUGACAGAACUUUCGAUAUCUACGAAACAGUCGCCCAAACCAAAAUGCUGGCAAGAUCCGCCCUUGCCGAUGCUCUGCUAGAGGGAACGGACAGCGAUUUUGGAUAUCAGGCUAUGUUCAAGGAGGACGAGGCUCAGAAGGCUGUCGUGUCAAUUUUAGAUCACAUCUAUAAUUCCAGAGGCAAGGCAAAUCUGAGACCUCGUCCAGAUACAUUCUCUUCCCCUCGUCUCUCCUGCGUGACCGAGGAUUCUGCAAAACUCUACGGUUAUCUGAACUUGGGCUACGAUCCUUGGCAUAGGUGUCUUGCGGGCGGCCCUCGCUCCACGCCCAUCCAAGCGUUCUACGCCGACGGUACAAUCUACACGUUCCUGUGCCCAGCGGUUUUCGUUCAACCGCCUAUGUCAACAAGGAAUCAUUGUCCUUCUGUCACGGGCAACAGAUUUUUCGGGGACUCGGGAAUAUUUUAUGGGAAUUAUCAGACGUAUAUUAUGCUAUACCAGCUCAUUCGCUUCUACCUCGGCGACAACGCAUUGACAAAUAAUACUGAUCCCAAAGAGCAGCUAGACUGGAACGACUGUGUACAUUUGAACACGUUGAACUCCGUGCUCAAUCCAACAAAUCUUCAAAUUUAUAUCGCAUUGGUAUCACAGCAGUGCACCAGCUGGCCCAAUCCUUUCGCGCCACCGUUCUAUCCUUUGGACCUGCUGUCUUUGACUUUGAGCCUAAUCCGCUCUCCACUCUCGUCCAUACCACGUAAUACACUCUUACAGCCAAUCUCGACACAGACAUAA